UGCAGAGAAGAGACGGAAGGAUGCGGGCAGCUUCUUGCUAGCCUUCGCAGUGCAUCUGGACUAACCAAGUAUUUUUCAGCGGUAGGUAAGAGUGCCGGCGUUGCGUGGUCGACCGCUCUUUCCCUCGCAACUUCACUGGUGCAACUGCCCGUUUGCACUCAUCUCCCAGCGCUUGGGCUCCUCACAAUAAGAAAACAACACGAACAUCAAUCCUACACUUUAAUAAGUUCAGCUCUUCAGAGCACGACAUGGUCGCCCUCGUCAGAUCGAUGCCUUAUCUACCGGCUGACCUGGCUAUCACUGAGAGGUCGCGCAAGUUCUACGACGGCACGUACAAGUGGGACUCAGAUGGCUUCACUGACGACCUUGGAGGCAAGUUUGAGCUGUAGCUGGAGCGAGACUAUUGCUGACCUCCUCGUAGUGUAUCGCGAGUUCGACUGCUGUGAUCCUCUUGCGCGCGCUCCCACACCGCUACCUCCCAUGUUCUCCGACGACAAGGAUGAUGAUGGCCAGAUAGACAUUAUGAUCAACAAGCCAGCGCAACCACUCGAAGGCGAGAGUGUUACCACAUCCAUAAAGACAGCAGCUCUCGAACCAGACACUCCGUGUCCCAGGCCAAAUGGCACCGCAGCCAGUACAUUCAAUCCUCGAACACCAGAAGACAUUCGCUGUUUCGCCAUCGAAUUUCUUGCCAACUCCAAGCAGAGCAAGACGGUACGUCAGGACGAGCUCAACAUCGCUUCUCAGGGCAAGGACAACAUUGUCAGCAAACUCGAAGAUAUUGUGGCUACAUCUGAGCAAGCGGACACAACAGCGAGUCUCAACCCAGGCCACAAGCUGUGUGGAGCAUCACGUUCGGCAGACGAAGAUGUUAACAAAGUGAAGAUGCUAGACACACCACCUGAGAGCCCUGUCAAGGUUGCGUUUGGCGUGCAGACCACAAGUCCCGCUUCAACCAUCUCUACUCUAUCACCGGUCCCCUCCAACUUAUCGGACCAGGACAAAGACUUGGGUAUCAAGGUCAGUAUCUCCAGCUGCUUUGAAGCAACCAUGGCUAACUGGUCCAGAUCAAUUGCCUUUCUACCGCAUCUCGAAGCACUCCAAGUCUGCACCACACCCCAUCAAAGGCUUCAACUCGAUCGAAGACUAAGGCUACAACGACUCGCGGCGUGGCUCAGAAAGUUACUAAGGAUUCUAAGAGCAAGUCUAGCCCGCCAAAGAGGAAGGAAGACAGUGUGGAGGACUUCACAUUGUUGGAACUGCACUCAGGGUCGUUUAUGCGCAAAGGUGGACGAAGGAGAUCAGUUAGGCAGGCGAAAUCGGAAGGCAACUGAAUGAUAGGACGAACAUGCAUUGGCGAGGCGUUUGACACCCGGAUACUCUAUGACCUGACCACCUCUACGCACUCUGCCACGUCAAAGCAAACUGCUGCGCAUGAUCCCCACCAGCAUACACGGGCACCUGC